GACAGCGGAAAGGCUGGUGAGGACGAAAUCCCCCUGUCGAGACAAUUUAAGGAUCGUGUAGCAGUUGGAGGCAGUCAAGAAAGCAAAGAAGCGAAUGAGGAAACGAAAUGCAUUGAGGACAUGAAAGAGAGAAUGAUGUUGAUUUCUGGGUCGGCAAGCCAUUUAUAUGUCUGUUCGGCGAUCAGAUGCCGGGCCAAUCAAACAACUCCCAUCCAUCAGCAACUACUCAGUUCCACCACUCACAUUUACCGACCAUGGAAAACGACCAGGUGCGCCAAGCGUCGGCGCCGUAGUCCUCGUGUCUCAUUCUCUUCGCAGGGCCUUCUCGUCGAUCUCUACGUCCCCCGCAAGUGCGCGGCAACCAACCGCCUCAUCACCUCAAAAGAUCAUGCCUCCGUGCAGAUUAGCAUCGUAGACGUCGACGCUAACGGCCGUGCCCUUAACACCACCACCACGUUCGCUUUGUGCGGUCAGGUCCGGUCCCAGGGCGAGAGUGAGACUCGAUCAACAGACUGGCAACGAAGGCUGGCCGUGCGUCCGAUUGCGCCUUUGUGCCGUGUCACAUCGAUCGCUAAUGCCUCUGCUGUUGAGGAAUGUGUGGUCUUACCAGAAGUAAUCAUCUGU